AGAAUGAGGAGGGGGAUUUAAGAAACGUGCAACUGGUUUUCCCUCAAAAUGGAAAUAUCGAAAACUAUACCCUCGAAGAUUUGUGCGACAAGAAAGCAAUAUAUGUAGGAGAAGCAGUUGAAAGUGCAAUAAUUGUCACGUGCCCCAACGAAAAUCAGAAAGAAGCAUGGAAACGACGUAUAACACAGCUCGCCGGCCACUGCUGUUUUGGGCAGAUCAAUAACAGCCCAAACAAAAAGACAACGGCUGCAAAAUCAAAUGAUGGCAAUGAUUCGUUUGUAACAUGUUCAGUUUCUGCCACAUACAACACAGCGAUUUUUAACAGACAACCUCUAUCGGCGCAACCGACCAGCUCUCUGAUCGUGAAGCCAUAUUUCUUCAAUGACAACACUUUCAUCCUCCCUCUACAAACAGUGUUGAACAACCUGUCCACCCCCUCCAAUGAUCAGAAGGUUUUGUUCAGUGUCACAGUCUGGCUGUGUGCUUCACCAGCAAAGCCAACACCAGACCAGGAAGCGAAGAAAGACUUCCAGCUUACCAGUUUUGUCAGUCUUAAGAGUAAAACGGUUCAGGAGAAAACAGUGAGCAAGGAGCUGACAGUCAUCAACCCGCCAGUCCUUGGUAUGAAGCAUGUUCCAGCUGGGGGUAGUCAGCUGCUGCUUCUGCAGAUCAACAACACGACGGGGAAGUCCCUCCUCAUCCACGACUGCAGCAUCCUCCCAACAAGAAGGAAGAUAAACCUGAGGCCUCAGACACAGACUCCACUGAUAAUGAAAACCCCUUUUCGCGGGAAAGCGGGUGUGGUCUGAUCUCGCCCCUGUCGUCUGACUCCCUAUCCUUCCCCGUCACGUUGCUGAGUCAGGAGAAGCUGUCCCUUGCAUAUACGCUCUCAACUGAUGACCUUGACACAGAGGUCAUGGAGCAGGAGCUGACCUUGAAAGGGUUCCUGAAGUGGAGUCACAAGGAUGUGAUUGGUGAAAAACCCGAAAUAAUAACUGUGUUCAACCUGCCAAAAUUGCGAAUACGAAGAGCCCCGUUUACAGUGUCGAUAACCGGCAACACCCAGCCCAAGGUUGGGGAAAGCUUCACCCUGACGUACAACAUCGUCAACAGACUCCAAGAUUUCCUGAGUAUGAAGCUGUACUGGAAUGUGGAGACCCAGUUGUCAGCCUACAGGGAUGUUGCGGAGGAUGUUCUGCCAAGGAAACACUUGGAGGACUUGAAGAAUUCCGUAGUGUGUCACGACCCAGAUGUUUAUGUGGGGGCUUGUCCACGUGGCUGCACUAUGCCGGUCAGUGUGUCCUUCCAGUUGCUGAAGACAGGACUUUAUGAGUUUGAGAGAUGAUGAAAGUGAACCUUCAAGGCACGCACUCACCAGACUCCCAGAGCACUCUCAAACAGGACUCAGUGGGCACUCCUGUCUCCAUUGACACUCCUUCUACUCUCUCUGCUGAGGACCAGCUGGCUGCAUCAGAGGAGCUGUGGCGGGACCGAGCGGAAGACGCCCUCACUCCACACUCCUACAACACACCACGCUGGAGGAGAGAUCUAAAGACUUUCGGGCCACCAAGUCCUACUCCUUUGAGAUCUCGGACCCACUCUGUCCACAGACUCGAUGAGGCUCAGAGAAUCAAAUUCAAGACAAUCAAGCUGUCUUCAGCGGUCCCGCCCCUCGCCCCUCCUCCGCCUGUUGACACAGAUUGAAAGAGAGCGCCACAAAUCCUGCAAAUUUUCUCAAGAAAAAUUUUGAGAUCUAUGUGCCAUGACUUCAUGUAGCAUCCUUGAGAUUUGCUCUGAUGCUUCAUGUAGCAUCAAAUUGCUUUACAUUUAUCAUCUCAUUAUCACUUCUUUAUCAUCAUCAUCAUCAUCAUCAUCAUCAUCAUAGGGAUUUGCUUUGUAACUUAAUGUUGCAUCAAAAUACACUAACUUUACGCUCCAACACUUCUUUCCCAUCACCACCAUCAUCAUCAUCAUCAUCAUCAUCAUCAUCAUCAUCAUCAUCUUUCUCUUGAGAUUUGCUCUGUAACUUCAUGUAGCAUCAAGUUACUUGGGUGUUACAUCCCGACACUUCUUUUCCUUACACAUGAUAAAUGGCAAGCCAGCAUAAUACAGGAUAAGAUGGAAUUCUGAGUACAUAGUGGACUGAUAUAGCUGGUUUUCAACCCCAAAGUCCUGAUUUAGAAUCUGUCCAUUUUCCAUAAGAAAACUGCAAUUAAUUCUUGGACAUUUGGCCUUUUGUAAAAAUACAACCUGAAAGUUGGAACCCAAAAGGAUUUAAAUUUUCAUCUUUUCAAAAUUAGCAAUUUGGGUGUUAUUGUGAAGUAGCUUGGUCUGUUUUGAAACGGAGAUUACUAGAAGUGUUUUCAUGUACUUGUCAGUAUUGUUUAAAGGCUUUGUCUUGAGACAAAUGUGCAAUCUAUUCUCUCCAUAUUUCUAGUAUAGUGUACGAUAAACAAUCUUACCAUUGUUUAUGUGAUAUUUAUUUGAAGAUAUUGUGAUUGGCUGGUUGUGAAUGUUGUCAGUGUUUUACUGAAUUAUUUAUUACAAAAGAAGGUGUUUAGAAAGUAUUUGUUAAUAUCUGUUCGUCCUCUGUUGUAUUUAUGGUGAUUGUGUAAUAGUAUUAUGUCACUUACACAUCAGAAUGUGUUGCACACCUGGAGUAUUUUCAAUGUCUUUUAAAAGGGUUGGCUAUGGAUAUAGAUCUUAGAGAUUGAUAAUCAUGAGCUAAAUAUUGAUUGAUUUAUCGAUAAAUAUCGGCAACAUAACUUUCAGCAUAAUUUUUCAAGAAAUGAUUAAAUAUAUUUCACUUUACUGGUGACUGGUGACAUGUUUUUCCUGGUCAUGUUCCUCAAAGUUUAUCGAUCGCUAAGAUGAUCGUAACUCGGAGAUACUUUAACAUAGACUUCGACUUUACUGUCGUGAGUAAUUUCACGAUCGCUUUGAGGAACAAGGCCUUGGCCCACUAGAUUGGUCAGAUUUGGGAAAGAAGGAAAUCUUGGGCUUUUUCUGGAUUAUCAGAUUUGGUCACAGUUUGAGAAUUAAACACAGUUCUUUUGAACAUUUUGUGUUUCACACUUUUAAUAUCAAACAUAUCAGUGAGGUGAAAGUUUGUAAAAUGUUAUACUGAUUUUACAGGUUUUUAGUUAUUUUAAGAUUUGCCAGCAAGUUUUGAACUGAAGUGGAUUUCAUCACUAUACAGCUGAAAUGUAACACAUGUUUAGCCAAUAUCACUUUCAAACAUGAGCUCACUCAAACAGCAGCUGAAUUUCAAAUAGAGAUAAUGGACAUAGGUGUUGUAAAUUGUAGACAAGAGCCAUUGAGUUUUUAGUGAGAUGUUUGAAAAAUCAGUUUGUUACUUGUUUGCAUCUGGAACAAAGUUUUGCUAACUGGGGCCAAUUUGGGGCCUUGGCAUAGAUUGUCACAUGUAUUAUUUGUUAUGUUCUAGUCUGUAAAUGACAAUGUUUAUGGUUGUGAUAUUCUUGUGAUCUAACUCUUGUUUUGAAUCUCUUUUCCAGCUUGUGCAAUAUACAUUGUUUAAAAGAAAACAUUAUUUACACAUAAUCAUUCCUAUUUCAACCCUGCUGUAAUGCUUAUACCUUUUGUGUGAAGCAUAUUUUUGUGACAUCGCUAUGUACCCAUAGUAUGUUUAAUGUCAUCGAAAUCUUAUAUUUUACUCUGAUAUGAUACCAUCCGUGAAUGUCCGGGUUAGAAUAUUGGUCUUCAGUAACCAAUGCUUGUCGAAGAGGCUUAAUUAACGGUUUU